GUUACUGUAUUUGUUGUUGUUGUUGUUGUUGUUGAGGAAGGAUUUAUUUUUCUUGAAGAAAUGAAACGACAAUAUCGUUUUGUAAGGAUUCUUGCUAAAGGACAAUGUGAAACGAGAAGAGCGAGGAAAAUUGUGUCGAGUAUAUACCACCACACUUGUGCUUGAAGUGAGUGAUGUGUGUGAAAAAUAGGAAAAUUGGGACAUGUCGCUUAUGUCGUGGAUUAUGUUUCUCGUUUAUUUUUCUUUUUUCCCUGUCAAAUCGCAGCGAUUCGAAAUUGUGACGGCGGUUGGUUGUGAAUCGUGCCUUUUGUUGUUAAAAUGUCGAUUGCAUGAAAUAAUAGCAAUAUUGAAUGUUGAAUUUGAUGGUGAGGAGAACAUUUUACCCUUUGAAAAUAGCACCGUUCCUGCUGCUUCUGCAGCUGCCGUUCAUCCUAGAGAUGUUCUCAAUUACAGAUGUUCCGGAAUGAGUCACUGCACAUUUGAGCUGGUGCAAGAUUGUCCGGCAGCGACAAGUUGGGGCACGGGCAACGUAACAGUCGAAUACGCCUGCAUCAAAGAGGCGAGUGUGCAUAAAUACUGCAAGGAAACGAUCGUUUUGCCUUGGCCCAAUACAAAUGGAAUAAGCGAAGGUUUCAUUCACAACCCCGGCUAUCCGAGGGUCUAUGCAGGACACGAAUGCGACUGGACGAUCAAAGCCCCACCCAAACAACUCAUACAACUCACAAUCAACGAUAUAUCUCUCAACGUCGAACCUUCGGACCUUUCUACAUCCGACCACGACGACGUCGACGUCGACGUCGACGAAUGCCUGACAGACGUUUUGGAAAUCAUCGAAUCGGAUCAAGUGAUUUAUCGCACGUGUCGUCAACAGCAUCCGCCGACGACGGUUACGUCGACAAGCGAUUCCUUGCAAAUCGUCCUGAGAGGAACAACGAAUGGAAUUGUUCCCCGUCGCGGCGUUCUUAUCCACUACAAGGCGAUCGGAUGUCCGACUCCGGAUCCACCGGAAGACGGUUAUCUGAUCAGCAGGAACGAUAGUGUUGCGCAGUUCAGGUGCUGCGUCGGAUAUCGGUUUCCGGAUUCCGGUCUAACUCUCAGGACGGUCAGAUGUUUGGGAGCGGAAUGGAACGAAUCACUGCCACUUAUCAACUGCGAACGAAUUGUUGAUAGUCUUUCUAAAAACGUCGACAGAGUAGAAAUUGAAAGAAAAGCGAUGGGAAGUGAUUACAUUGCUCCACUUUUGCUUAUUUUAGCAUUAUUUGUAAUCAACGGGUUUGUCCUAUUUUACAUUUACAGAAUAAGGAAAAGAAGUGAGUGUGAAGUGAGAGAAGAAGAAUUGGGGACAUUAACCGGUGGAGUAACUCAUAAUGUUCAAUCCACAAGACCCAGAUGAUACGAACGGAACUUUUUAUUUAUAUUUACACAUAAAUUAUUUGUAAAAGAUAUAUUAUUAUGUAAGUGUGUUGAUUAUUUAAAAAAAAGAGCAUUUUUAUAUUGAAAUGUUUAUUGAAUAAAACAAAUUAGAAAUA